ACCAUCAUUUUUCGAAUUAAUUGUUGUAUUUGAUCAAGUUCAGUGUUUCCCAGCUCAAUAUAUCUGUUCUUUUUGUCUCGUCUUUGAAAGAGGAUGCCUAGCAGAACGACAGGAGCGAUCGCUCAGGAUUGGGAGCCUGUGGUGCUGCGCAAGUCAAAGACAAAGGCCCAAGACCUGCGCGACCCGAAGGCGGUGAACCAGGCUCUUCGAUCAGGCGUACCAGUCCAGACCAUCAAGAAAUCCGAGGGCGGCUCUAACAAGAAAGCAGCCCCGGUUGUGAACGCUAGAAAGUUGGACGAAGGAACGGAACCCGCAGCGCUGGACAGGGUGUCACCGGAGGUAAGGCAAGCUAUCCAGAAGGCACGGCUAGAGAAGAAGAUGAGCCAAACAGAGCUGGCUAAGUUAAUCAACGAGCAGCCUAAAGUGGUUCAGGAGUAUGAGAACGGGAAGGCGGUUCCUAACCAGGCUAUUUUGGCGAAGAUGGAGAAAGUGCUUGGUGUGAAGCUCAGAGGGAAGGUUGGGAAGUGAUGUUAUAUGAUCAUAUGGACAGGUGGUUAAAACGACAUGCUAUCUGGUGUGGCGCGAGGUGUUUUGUGAAUUUGAAAAUAUGUAGUGUGGGGUCUAGUCUAGUCUUCUAGAGUUAGUUCUCUCUCCCUUUCGUUUGUGCAUAUUGAUGUAUGAUCAGACUUUAAUCUGGUUUUUGUUGAAUGGAUUCGACUUCUUGAUUGCUUUU